AUGGGCGCCCUGGGCGACCUCGGCUACGACCACCAGGCGCUGCUGGAUGCGCUCACGGACCGGGUGGUACCGCAGCGGCUGGCUGAGUUCUCGCUGGACCAUCUGUCAGACCUGGUGGAAAACCUGAACAAGCUGGGGUACUACAACAAGACCUUCAUGGCGCUGCUCAAGAAGGCGACGGAGGAUCGCAAGGGGCGGGAACACGCAGAGGCGGUGGUGGCGUGA